AAAAAAGAAAAAAGAAAGAAAAGAAGAAGAUAAUUUUGAUUGUUCGUUAUCGUUGAAACGCAUUUUCGAAUCUGGUGAAUAUAAAAUCACCCUCUCACCCGUGCACACCUCACACUCUCUACCAUUUCUCACUGAAUCAACCCUCAAUCAUCGAACACCAACAAAGAGAAUAAUAAUGCAGAGAAGCACGCCUCUCAGAAACCCGCACGCCUCCACCUCCGAUCUUCUAACGUGGCCGGAACUCCCUCCGCAGGACUCCGCUCCCGCCGUCUCCCGCUCCGGCCACCGCUCUCGCCAGCCUUCUGAUAAAAUCGGUGAUGUUCUCCGUGGAGGCCAGCUCUCCGAGGAAGAAGCACAGAGUCUAGCCAAGAGGAAACCAUGCUCACGGAAUCAAAUGAAAGAGACAACUGGAAGUCGUAUAUUUUCGGCCAAUGCUGAAGAUACUGCAUCAGAAGCCAGUUCUGCAAAUUCAAAAAACAGAACAGGAAUACGCGUAUAUCAGCAAGCAGUAAAUGGAAUUAGUCAGAUAUCAUUCAGCACUGAAGAAAGCAUUUCUCUUAAGAAACCAGCCUCUCUACCUGAGGCAGCAAAGCAGCGUGAGCUGAGUGGAACAUUGCAAAGCGAGCCAGACACAAAUAGUAAGAAGCAAUUUUCAAGUGCCAAGACAAAGGAGCUCAGCGGAAAUGAUAUAUUUGGCCCUCCUCAGGAAAUUGUGCCUCGUUCAUUGGCUGCUCCACGCACUUUGGAAUCAAAAGAAAGUAAAGACAUGGGAGAAUCUGAUCCACGAAAUGUGCGCAGAUCAGUGAAAGUUUCUAAUCCUGCUGGUGGCCAAAGGAAUAUCUUAUUUGAUGAAGAAGCAGUUAAGAAGACAUCAAAGAAAACACAUGACCAGAAGUUUGCAGAACUGACGGACAAUAAUAUUUUCAAGGGAACGGAAAAGCUUCGGAGCAUGGCUAAACUUAGAGAAAUGGCUGGAAGUGACAUAUUUGCUGAUGGAAAGGCAGAAAACAGAGACAAUAUACUAGGUGGCCGCAUUAGAGAAAUGGCUGGGAGUAACAUAUUUGCUGAUGGAAAGGCAGAAAACAGAGAUAAUAUACUAGGUGGCCGCAUUAGAGAAAUGGCUGGGAGUGACAUAUUUGCUGAUGGAAAGGCAGAAAACAGAGACAACAUACUUGGUUCCCGCAGACCCCCUGGUGGAGGAAGCAGCAUUUCCCUGGUUUAAACUUGAUAUUUAAAUUCGUCCAUUUACUGUAUGCGUUCUUCUAUAAACUCCUCUGAACUCCCAUGUUUUGACUGGAAGGAUCAGUGUGUUGGGUUAUCAGCAUUGUAUAUUUAUGGCAUAACCCUCGAUGCAGUAUAAUGAAUUUGUGAUACCAUAAUGGAUGUAAAUGGUUAUUUAUUUUGAUAUACAUAAUCGUAUAUUGGACUAAUAAAGUUG